AUGGCUAUAGUCAUAGUAACCACUCUUCUCAUAUUAUUUGUGUCGUUAUCCAAUGCAAUUGACAUGUCCAUCACGACCUACAACAAUAAUAAUUUCGAGAAAUUGACACGGAUGAGUAAUGUGGAGGUUAAAGGUAUAUACCAAAUAUGGCUGGCGGAGCAUGGGAAAACAUAUAAUGGGCUAGGAGAAAAGGGAAAAAGAUUCGAGAUUUUUAAAGAUAAUUUGAGGUUCAUCGAGGAACAUAACAACUCCGAGAACCGGACUUAUGAGCUAGGAUUGAACCGGUUUGCUGAUCUCACAAAUGAGGAAUACAGGACAAUGUUUUUGGGCAUGAGGAGUGAUGCUAGGCGACGCGUUGUCAAGUCCAAGAAUGCUAGUCAUCGUUAUGUUUUUCUUGCUAGCGAUCAUCUGCCGAAAUCAGUUGAUUGGAGGAAGAAAAACGCAGUUGCUCCUAUUAAGGACCAAGGAAGUUGUGGGAGCUGCUGGGCCUUCUCAACCGUGGCUGCAGUAGAAGGCAUAAACAAGAUAGCAACAGGAGAAAUGAUCACUCUAUCGGAGCAAGAAUUAGUAGAUUGUGACAAAAUGUAUAAUGAUGGUUGCAAUGGUGGCCUAAUGGAUUAUGCCUUUGAAUUUAUCAUUUCCAAUGGUGGUAUUGACACUGAAACUCACUAUCCCUACAAGGGCAUCGACUACAAUUGUGAUCUUCUUCGGAAGAUUGCAAAGGUUGUGAGUAUAGAUGGUUACGAAGACGUGCCAACAAAUGAAAAAGCACUUCAAAAGGCUGUGGCACACCAACCUGUUAGCGUAGCGAUUGAAGCCUCUAGCAGGGCUUUUCAGCAUUACUCCUCGGGCAUAUUUACUGGGAAAUGCGGAACGCAAUUGGACCACGGUGUGGCAGUGGUUGGCUAUGGCAGGGAAAACGGAGUGGACUAUUGGAUCGUGAGGAACUCAUGGGGCACCAAUUGGGGCGAAGAUGGCUACAUCAGAAUUGAGCGGAAUAUAAAAGAUAUUAAUUCUGGUAAAUGUGGAAUUGCUAUGGAGGCUUCUUAUCCAGUUAAGAAUGCCAGAAACAAAGUUAAUGUUGGAGAAGUGAAAAUUUUAAGCAGUGUCUGAAGAAACAGCUGCCACAAAGUGGAUGGCUUGGGUUACAACUAUUUUGUGAUUUUUAAGUUUAUUAAUAUUAACUACUGUACGUAAUUCCUUAUCUUAUGGCGUUGUUACUCCAUGAGCAUUAUUUGGGAACUUUUCUUGUAACGCAUUUGUAUUAACAUUGUAUGUUUAUUUAAUGACGACAGUGUUCAUUUUAUGUGUUGACAAAGUAAAAAAGAGAAGUCAGUGAUAUUAUAUUUACUUGAUUAAAGUACUUACCAACCAUGCUUUUGCAUGGCUUGCUUUUCUUUAUCCUACUAUUCUAGAUUUUGAACGAACAUUUUAUUUAUCAAGUUUGAACUCAGUGGAAGAUAUUUUGUUCUGAUAUAUUCUUUCCGUUUCAUUUUGUAUAGCACUAACAUCAAGCUUUCCAUUUACUGCUAUUGAUAUACUCUUAAGCUUUCUAAUUAAUGGACCUAUAAAUUUUUCUCUUAAGACUAGGUGGGAGUUAGACUACUGUAUGGUAUAAGGAUUUUGCCCUGAAGCAGCGAUAAACAAAGUUUGCUUUGCUAUACAGUAACUUCCCUAACAUAGUUGGACCAUUCAAUUUCCAGAACUAAAACAGCAUCGGAUUCUUUCCCUUUUUUUUUUUUAAUUCUUUCCCUUUUCUUAUGAUAAUAAACAAUUAUUGCAAAGGAAUCACAAAGUAACAACAAAAUGAGUACCCAGCUAAAAAACGAAAAAAAAAAGGCAAAAGGAGAGAUCUUGAGGAGUAGUUCUCUUUUUUUUAUUUCAUUUCUUCACAUUACAGAAUUUUUCUUUUAGGUGAAAGUUUUUUUUUUUUUUUUUUUUUUUUUUUUUUUUUUUUUUUUUUUUUGAAAAGGGGGAAGAGGACGGUCUGUUUAGGAGAUAGACUCAUCGAAGUAAUAUGUGCAUUCUGGUCGGGGCUGGGCCAACAUUCGAGUUGCGGGUUCACAGAACCCAGUAAUUUUGGCUCAAACCCUGCAUUUGUAUGUAGAAGUUCAUUUAACAUGUAUAAAUAAUUUAUCCAAAACUCAGUGAGUGAAACAAACUGUGAUCUAGAACCAAUAAGUAACAAAUCCUGGCUCCGCCUCUGAUUCUCGUAACAUAUAGAGGUGACUCAUACUACAUUCUUGAAACAAAAUAACAAUGAACAUGCAUAAUAGGCUGAGGGAAGAAACAUGCCCUUAGCAGGAUGCAGCACGAUGAUCACUGUCCUUGAUGACAUUU